AUGGAGCUGAGCCUGGAGAGCCUGGGGGGCCUGCACGGCGUGGCCCACGCGCAGGCGGGCGAGCUGCUGAGCCCGGGCCACGCGCGCUCGGCGGCGGCGCAGCACCGCGGCCUGGUGGCGCCCGGGCGCCCGGGCCUGGUGGCCGGCAUGGCGAGCCUGCUGGACGGCGGCGGCGGCGGCGGGGGAGCCGGGGGUGCGGGCGGCACGGGCGGCGCGAGCGGCGGCGCCGACUUCCGCGGGGAGCUGGCGGGCCCGCUCCACCCGGCCAUGGGCAUGGCCUGUGAGGCGCCCGGCCUGGGCGGUACCUACACGACGCUCACGCCCCUGCAGCACCUGCCGCCGCUCGCCGCCGUGGCCGACAAGUUCCACCAGCACGCGGCGGCCGCGGCGGUGGCCGGGGCGCACGGCGGCCACCCCCACGCGCACCCGCACCCGGCGGCCGCGCCGCCCCCGCCGCCCCCGCCGCAGCGCCUGGCGGCCAGCGUGAGCGGCAGCUUCACCCUCAUGCGCGACGAACGCGCGGCGCUCGCCUCCGUGGGCCACCUCUACGGGCCCUACGGCAAGGAGCUGCCCGCCAUGGGGUCGCCGCUGUCGCCUCUGCCCAACGCGCUGCCGCCCGCGCUGCACGGCGCCCCGCAGCCCCCGCCGCCGCCGCCGCCGCCGCCGCUGGCCGCCUACGGCGCGCCGGGCCACCUGGCCGGGGACAAGCUGCUGCCGCCCGCCGCCUUCGAACCGCACGCUGCGCUGCUGGGGCGCGCCGAGGACGCGCUGGCUCGCGGGCUGCCCGGAGGCGGCGGCGGCGGCGGCGGCGGCGGCGGCGGGGGCGGCGGCGCGGGCGGCGGGGGCACCGCGGGGCUGCUGGCGCCGCUGGGCGGGCUGGCGGCCGCCGGGGCGCACGGGUCCCACGCAGGCGGCGGCGGCCCGGGCGCGGGCGGCGGCCCCGGGGCGGGCGCGGCGGCGGAGGAGAUCAACACCAAGGAGGUGGCGCAGCGCAUCACCGCCGAGCUGAAGCGCUACAGCAUCCCGCAGGCCAUCUUCGCGCAGCGCAUCCUGUGCCGCUCGCAGGGCACGCUCUCCGACCUGCUGCGCAACCCCAAGCCGUGGAGCAAGCUCAAGUCGGGCCGCGAGACCUUCCGCAGGAUGUGGAAGUGGCUGCAGGAGCCCGAGUUCCAGCGCAUGUCGGCGCUGCGCCUGGCAGCGUGCAAACGCAAGGAGCAGGAGCAGCAGAAGGAGCGCGCGCUGCAGCCCAAGAAGCAGCGGCUGGUGUUCACCGACCUGCAGCGGCGCACGCUCAUCGCCAUCUUCAAGGAGAACAAGCGGCCGUCCAAGGAGAUGCAGGUCACCAUCUCGCAGCAGCUCGGCCUGGAGCUCAACACCGUCAGCAACUUCUUCAUGAACGCGCGGCGCCGCUGCAUGAACCGCUGGGCCGAGGAGCCGGGCGCCGCCCCCGCGGGCCCCGCCGGCGCCGCCGCCACCUUCUCCAAGGCCUGA